AUGCCUUGUACCAAACUACUCUACCAGGAGCAAGGCAGUCUCCACCAACAUGAUGCCAGCAUUGUCGGCAUCGAGGCGCUCCCAACACCAGAAGACGCCACCAAGUCUGAGCAGCCAGCAAACUCGCAUGUACUAUAUUUGGACGAGACAAUAUUCCACGUCCAGGGCGGCGGUCAGCCCUUCGAUGUUGGCACCAUUCGUCCUUCUCCGGAUUCCGUGAACGGCAAUGACGCAACCUCCCAUACCAAAAAUCAGUCAGAAUUCCAUGUAACGUCAGUACGCAACGGUGAAGCCAACACUGUGCGCCACGCAGGCUACUUUGUCCCCGCAACUACAGACCAACCCUUCCAACCCAAAACCAAAGUCCACCUCUCCAUAGAUGUUCCCCGUCGCCAACUUCACUCCCGCAUCCACUCUGCCGGCCAUAUUCUCGGGGUCGCCAUAAUGCGCCUCUCCCGCGCCGGCACCCUUCCGCCACUCACUGAGACCAAGGCCAAGCACUACCCGGGCGACGCAUCCGUCGAGUUCCAGGGACUCAUCGAUGGCAAGUUCAAGGAUGCGAUCCAGCAGGCGACAGACGAGUUGGUCGCGGAAGGGAGACCGCUGCACAUCCGGUUUUGGAGUCGCGAAGAGUGCGAGAAGAAUGGCGUGGCACUUCCCGAGAAGAUAGAUGGGGAUAUGUUCCGGGCGGUGGAAAUCGAGGGUUGUGGAGCUUAUGCAUGCGGCGGGACUCACGUCAGUAAGACCGACGAAGUAGGCAGAGUCGUAGUGAGAAGCAUUCGACGGCAGAAGGGAGGUACGAGGGUUGGUUACUUCGUUGAAGAGAAGUAG